CAUCAUAACUCACACUCUCUCUUCAAUCCUUUAUUUUUCAUUGUAGUUAAACAAAGAUUACGAUAAUGGCUACAUCAACUAUCCAGCAAUCCUCCUUUGCCGGCCAAACGGCCCUCAAACCCUCCAACGACCUCCUCCGCAAGGUUGGUGUCUCCGGUGGUGGCCGUGUGACCAUGCGUCGUACCGUCAAGUCUACUCCUCAGAGCAUCUGGUAUGGACCAGACCGUCCCAAGUACUUGGGUCCAUUCUCGGAGAACACACCGUCCUACCUAACCGGAGAAUACCCUGGAGACUACGGCUGGGACACCGCUGGACUCUCGGCUGACCCGGAGACAUUCGCUAAGAACCGGGAGCUUGAAGUAAUCCACAGCAGAUGGGCCAUGUUGGGUGCUCUUGGAUGCACAUUCCCUGAGAUCCUCUCCAAGAACGGUGUUAAAUUCGGAGAAGCCGUGUGGUUCAAGGCAGGUUCUCAGAUCUUCUCAGAAGGAGGUCUUGAUUACCUCGGAAACCCUAACUUGAUCCACGCGCAAAGCAUCUUAGCUAUCUGGGCUGUUCAAGUUGUGCUCAUGGGUUUCAUUGAAGGUUACAGAAUCGGAGGUGGACCACUCGGAGAAGGGCUUGACCCGCUUUACCCCGGAGGUGCGUUUGACCCAUUGAACUUGGCAGAGGAUCCAGAGGCCUUCUCUGAGCUGAAGGUGAAGGAGCUCAAGAACGGUCGUCUUGCCAUGUUCUCUAUGUUUGGAUUCUUUGUCCAAGCCAUUGUUACUGGUAAAGGUCCCAUUGAGAACUUGUUUGAUCACUUGGCUGAUCCUGUGGCUAACAACGCCUGGUCUUACGCUACUAACUUUGUACCCGGAAAGUAAUUUUCUUAUGUAUUUGCUUCAUAAUCUCUCUUCUUUGUAAAAUCGUGAAUGUGUAAUAUAUUGAUGUUUUAUGU